AAUUUUCAAUCUCUUAUGUCCAAAUCUACAAAUUGGGCCUUAGCAACUAGUCGAAGCCAAUACCCAAUGCAACUUCUCCUUCCUCUGGAACACUCGGCUACAGUCAUUUCACUCAAUAACCAGAAUCAUCUUUCUCAAGCCUGCUCCUUUCCUCCGAAAAUGGAAUCAUCUCGUCCGCCAACACUGCUCGGAGAUCAAGCACACAAAACUCCGCCUUCGCCAUCCACCAGUACCUGCUGCAACUGCGGCGGUCCCACCACCGUCCCUCCACCUCCACAAUCCCCCAUUGGCUGGCCGGGGCUCUCCCCUCCGCCCAACUACAGGCCAAUUAGGGCUCCCGCCAUCAACCUUCCCCCUAAUAACAACUCUCAAGCUAUCAUCCUUGCUCCCGUGCCCCAAUCCCAAAAGGUUCCCACCAUUUCUCCUCCUUUCCUCUUCCAAGCGCCUUCGAAGAAAAUUCACUCCCUCGAUGAUCUCCGCCGCUUCCAUGAAUCGGGAACCUGCAAGAACUUCCUUGGCUUCGUUGUCGCCCUCUCAGAAUCAAUUCGCAGUCGCAAGAUCUCCGAUCCCUGCCACGAAUCCCCCACCACCACUAAAAUCGUCUCCAUCCUUGAAAUCUUAAUCCACUGGAUCGACGAAAUUCCUCCCGUUCAGCAAUCGUCUCGUUACGGCAACAUCUCCUACAGAACCUGGCACGAACGGCUAACCGAAAACAGCCAGUCCCUUAUGCUUCAGUUCCUCCCCGACGAUCUCAAACCUUCAACCGUUGAAAUCAUACCUUAUUUCGCUGACAGUUUCGGCAAUUCGAGCAGGAUUGACUACGGGACAGGCCACGAGACCAAUUUCGCGGCUUGGUUGUAUUGUUUGGCGAGGAUGGGGGUUCUCAAGGAAGAGGAUUAUCAAGCUGUUGUGGCUAGGGUUUUCGUGAAGUAUCUGGAGCUGAUGAGGAAGCUCCAGCUUGUAUAUUGCUUGGAGCCAGCAGGGUCCCAUGGUGUUUGGGGGCUCGACGAUUAUCACUUCUUGCCGUUUAUAUUUGGAAGCUCUCAGUUGAUCGAUCACAAGUACAUGAAACCAAAGUCGAUCCAUAAUCAGGAUAUUCUGGAAAAUUUCUCCAAUGAGUAUAUGUAUCUAUCUUGCAUUGCCUUCAUAAAGAAGGUGAAGAAGGGGCUCUUUGCCGAACAUUCACCAUUGUUGGAUGAUAUUAGUGGGGUGCCCACCUGGAACAAGGUGAAUAGUGGCCUGCUUAAGAUGUAUAAGGUGGAGGUGCUGGAGAAGGUUCCUAUCAUGCAGCAUUUCCUCUUCGGGUGGCUCAUUAAGUGGGAAUAGUUUGAUCUAUCAGCUUCAUUUGGACAUAAUGAGGCCGUCAAGGUUCCAGGAGAAUUCAAUUUUCACCAAGUUCCAAAACAGUCAGGUAGCACUUGACAGUCAUUAGGUUGGGAAUAAUAUAUAACCAGACAAAUGCUAUAAAUUGAUUGAGUGGUUUCUUUUUCUUCUUUCCAAUUCUGUCCAUGCUAGCUAAAUGACCAUAUGAAAAUUGGAUAUUAGGUUACUGCCUUCUUUUGUUUGGAAAGUUAGCAUUAUGGAAACCCCUGCAUUUCUGUUAAAUAGUUGUUGGAAUUCCGAUGAGAUGUUCAUGUAUAGCAAUCAAUGAUUCAAUCAUUCAAUGGCCAAGUGCCCUUAGAAAGGUAAGCUAUGGAGUUAUCCAUGGAGCCCUCUGCAUUAACAUGUAACAGAAAUAUUACACAUUUCUGUCUUGUUUAUGUUGGAUUUAUUGUGUUUGAGAACGGCAUAUUGGGAGCUUCUCUUUUUCUCUUCAUCAGCCCUUCUUCUUUCAUUCUCUAGCAAUUAAAAUAGACAAGGAAAU